AUGCCCGAGAAGGCAGAGGAUUUUGUCCGUCAAGGAAUUGAUUAUCAUGAAGUGGGGGAUAUUACAAAGGCGACACAGUUCUUCCGAACUGCUGCAGAAAUGGGAGAUCCUGUUGGAAUGCUGAUGUAUGGUCUAGCAGUCCGUCAUGGAUGGGGAUGUACCUCCAAUCGUCAGUUAGCGUUCCAAUAUUUACAAAAGAGUGCAGAGCAUGCAGUGGGAGAUCUCAAAAGCCGAGAUUCCUUUGCAAGUACAGCUGCCAAAGGCGAAUUGGUCUUGGCCAUUUAUGAGCUUGGUAUCUGCUUCCGACAUGGAUGGGGAGCAGAGAAGAAUAAGAAGACUGCAGCCUAUUACUUUGAGAUUGCAGCUAACUUGGGUGACCCUGAUGCACAAAACGAUCUGGCGUGGUGUUACUACCAUGGCGUAGGUGUCAAGAAGGAUAUGUUCAAAGCUGCAAAAUACUAUCGUUUGGCCGCUGCUCAAGGCGUGGAAAUGGUCGGCAACUCCUGGAUCUGGAAGGACAAGUAUGGUGGUGUUCCUGCUAGCCCCGCGGCGAACAAUUAA